AGCAACAAGCACAAAAAAUUCUCUGUUUCAGUCUCCCAAAUGCCAACUAUUUUCUUAAGGAUUUUCCUUCUUUACAACCUCGUAAAUUCAUUUGUCUUGUCUCUGGUCCCCAAGAAGCUAAGAUCCUACCUCCUCCAUCGAACCAACCUCAUCCAAACCACCACAACUGCGCCUUCAACAACAUCAAGGUCCCUUAUUAUUACCAACAAAACAACAACAACAACAACAACAACAAUAAUAAUGGACCCCAAUGAGCUCAAGCGCGUUUUCCACAUGUUUGACCGCAACGGCGAUGGCAGAAUCACGAAGAAAGAGCUAAACGACUCUUUGGAAAACUUAGGAAUCUUCAUCCCUGACAAGGAAUUAACGGCGAUGAUUGAAAAGAUCGAUGUCAAUGGAGAUGGGUGCGUGGACAUGGAUGAGUUUGGGGAGUUAUAUACUUCAAUCAUGGACGAGCAUGAGCGUGAUGAAGAGGAGGAUAUGAUGGAGGCAUUCAAUGUGUUCGAUCAAAACCGUGAUGGGUUCAUCACCGUUGAGGAACUCAGAACGGUUUUGGCUUCUCUGGGACUCAAACAGGGAAGAACCGUAGAAGAAUGUAAGAAGAUGAUCAUGAAGGUUGAUGUUGAUGGAGAUGGAAUGGUUAACUACAAAGAGUUCAAGCAAAUGAUGAAGGGUGGAGGAUUCAGUGCUCUUGGUUAAUUAAUUAAUUAUGUUACCCUUAUGCAUAUGUAUGUAUACAUGCAUGCCAUCACAAAUUAAUGGUUUCAAACUUUUCAAUUCCCAUCUUGUAAAUAUGUAUUGAUGAUGUAUGCUGUUGUUAGUGGGAAGGCACACGUUG